AUGGAUCGAGAAAUGACAAUAGUAGAGAGUGGCAAUCAUCUCGGUGCCUCUUCACCAGCUACUGAUACGCAGAUCACGAUGAACUCACCCCUAAUAAAUGAACACGAAAUAAAAGGUACCACGGAAAGCAUAACGGAAUCUUCGGGAAAUGAAGUACCGAUGGAAGCCAAACAGGCGAACAGUCCCCAUAUAGAAGCGGGAGAAGGGCUAUCCAAAAGCCCUGAUAUUAGUAUAGAAAAAGAGAUAGGCAACCCUAUAACAGAUGAAAACGGAAAUCUAAAAUUGGAACUUCCAGAUAAUCUCGAUAAUGCAGACUUUUCCAAAUUACUAGAAUUCGAUGCGAAAAAUGAUGAAGCUUUGUUUAACUCGAAUGAUCUAUUAUCCCAAACAAUGAACACUGUAAAUGAAAUCAAUAUCGACGGUAUUCCUGACGAUCACAAUGAGGAAGUUACACCAAAAGAUAGUACCAGUAUAGAGGCAGUGACUUCUCAUGGUGAUGAAAAGGAGAAAACCCAGGAUACUUCCGGAGCAAUGAAAGUUGAAGAAAUGGAAGGUUUUGAAGAAUCCAGCAUAAAAACAGAUCAACCAACAGCUGACGCCAUUUAUGCCGAGAAGAAUGAAUCUUCAGCAGAAGAAAAUGAUGGUACACCGCCAACGAUAAUUAUUGAAAAGGACAAUCCACUCCAUACAAGAAACAAUUCGAUAACACCGAUAAUGUUUCAGCAGCACGAACUAUUAGCACAAGCGUCCCAACACAGCGUUACUGAAAACAACAGCACUGACGCGGAAACUUUUGAACGAAAACCAAGCGAGCCGUCUAACGAGAAUUUACCUCUGCCCAAUGAACAACCGACUAUUUUUGCGUACGCGAGACUAGAUUUUCAAAGUUUUACAUUCUAUGUGCAAACAUUACAUGCAAUAAUUGGUAGGAGGUCUGAGAAUGACUUUUCCCACAAAGUUGACGUUAAUCUUGGCCCUUCAAAAUCGAUUUCGAGGAGACACGCCCAAAUAUUUUAUAAUUUUGGAACAGGAAGGUUUGAAUUAUCUAUAAUCGGGAAAAAUGGGGCCUUUGUAGAUGAUAUUUUUGUUGAAAAGGGCAAUACCGUUCCUCUUCGUAAUAGGACAAAAAUCCAGAUUGGGCAAAUCCCAUUUCAAUUCAUUUUACCAGAGCAAGAACGCAACGAGGAUAGUAAGAGUCCAGAAAACCCUGAUAUAACAGAAUCUGAAAUAAAACUAAAAGACCCAAAGAAAAACGAGCUUAAAUCAAAAAAAAAGGUAUCCACUGGGACAAAGCCCAAGAAACCACAAGCAAAGCCGGCGGUUAAGAAGGACAAAAAGCCACCGAAAUUACCAAAGAAAGUUUACACAUUGGAGGAAAUCCCACUGGAAUAUAGGACGAAGCCUACCAUAUCUUAUUCUGCUAUGCUGACCACUUGCAUACGAAAGUACUCGACCGCCAAAGGGAUGUCUUUAUCAGAAAUAUAUGCAGGGAUAAGAGAGCUUUUUCCCUAUUACAAGUAUUGUGCUGAUGGCUGGCAAAGUUCGGUAAGACAUAACUUAUCACUGAACAAAUCUUUUAGAAAAGUUUCUAAAGAAGGUAAAGGGUGGCUAUGGGGUCUCGAUGAAGAAUAUAUAACUGAGAGAGAACGCCAGAAGAAAAAGCAAAGUGAGAUGGCUAUAGCGAAAGCGCAUGCUGCGCAAUUGAAGCUCGAGCAACAACAACACAGACAGCAGCAAGUACCAUCUCAAAAGGGCAAAAAAGAUAUCGUUUCUCAAAAGUCACCUGUACCAGCCAGAAAACAAAACAUUUCUCAAACUCUUGCAGCAAACAGGGCUGCCUCUAACAAGAAAAAUACAGCGAGCGAUAACCAAAGGACAAUGAAGUAUCUGCAAGAACAGCUAGUUAUCUUGACACGAGAUCGAAAGGGAUUAUCUAAACAAGUGAUCGCUGCAAUUUUAACGCAAGCCCUUGCAAUGACUAUAAAUCAAGUAACACAAGCAGCAAAGAACAAGGGGAUUACAGGUAAUCCACUUACCGCUUUGAUGGACAAGAAUCCUCAGCAUUUGAAUCUAAUCUUAGCAGCUGCUGUUAAUGCUGCAACUGCAAAAGUCACAAAAGGCGAAGUAAAACAAUUGGUAAAUCCUGAAACUACCGCCGCUCUAGCAGCCAAGGCUCAAAAUUCCAAACCAAUAACUCAGCCAAUAGUACAAACGCCGAAUGUGCCAGAAAGACCUGCAUCACAGCCAUCUGCAUCUGCUUCAUCACAUUCCAUCAACUACAUGCAUGAUAAACCACCAGGUCCUUUUGACCCAUCUUCAUUAUCUCGUUUUUUUCAACCUAGACAAAACGCUAGAGUUGCAUCCCCUGCGACAGCUCCAGUUCCAGUAACAAUUGCGCAGAGUAUAGAUUUACCGCCUAAGCCUACACCGACACAGAAUAGUGGUGGUGAGAGCGAAAGCGGUUCCAGCAGCAGCAYAGCAUCCAGCAGUGAAAGCGAAAGCGACAGCGACAGCUGCAGUGACGAUGGUAGUGGCAGUGGAAGCGAUGGUAGUGGCGAUGGUAGUAGCACAAGCAGUGAAAGCGAAAGUGAUAGUGAUAGUGGAAGCGAAAUAGAUGAGAAAGAAGAUAAAGGCCAAAGCGAAAAUGCUAGACACAAUGAUACCGAGGAUGAUGUUGUGCAUAAUAACGAUGGGAGUAGCAAUGGUCAUGACACUUUAGAGACUGAUGAAGAGGGCCAUGAUUCUAAAAGACGAAAGAUUGACGAAGAGAUCGACUCAGUGAAUAUAGUUUCCGAGGAGAAUGGAGGCGCGGAUAGUAACAUUAACAUAUCGUAA